AUGCCUCGCUACCGCGACAUGGCUCGGCUUUGGACAAUUACCUUGGCUCUAUUUAUCAGUAUUCACCCGUCUUCUACGGAAUCUUCUGCCGCGACCCGACCGGUAAUUUACGAUCGGGAAACCGAUCAGUAUUUCCCAGUCUCCGAUUUUUCGUUACGCGCAGAUCCUCCCUUCGUGACACCUGACCCAGAUCCCAAUGACUUUUCUCCCGAGUACUUAGAGGCACUCCUAAAGCAUUGCGAUGAUCCUACUCCUGGCGCGUUAGAGUUUCUGGAAAAGUCCUGGAUUGCCUUUAGAGAAUUCGGGCUCAAUUGGAAGCGCUAUCCUUUUUCGUUUUCGAUACUUUACCGAAUUCUGCAAGCGAUCCGCCUCGUACAGAUACUCCAUGUUCUUAUGUUGGCCUUUUCACUCAGCGUGGCCCGUUGUUUAUUGCAGAAGUGUCUGUUAAAC